ACCCAGGGAUAUGAAUAACUACAGUGGGAUCGUUUGUUCGUGAUAGGUGAAGACUCGCAACAAAUGUAACCAGUAUAGCCUACAGUGUCUGUAUAAAGGUUACUUAUCUGUAUGUGUAAAGAAAACGUACGUUUUGAGAAUUCAUAUAGACUACUUUAGAGCUUAUAUCCAACUAACGACGGGAAAUUGACUUCUCUUUUGUAAACAGUUUUCAGUCUGUUCUAUAUGAGAUCUGUCAUUUUGCUUUUUAUAUAAAGGCAUAAUGGUGACAACAACUUCUAAUAUAGGAUAUUGAUAUUUUAAAUGAAACCGUCAUGAUUCAAGAAGUGUUCGGGUUUUUAAUCGGGGAGAGACUUGAAGGAUCUAGACACCUUUCUUGCUGUCUGGAGUUGAACGGUGGCGACUUCCACAUUGUUCCGGUGGUAACCUCAACAUCCUGAUUCCACCUGGAUAUACACAGCACCUGUUGUUAUUAUUAUUGAACAGUAUGGAGACUAUUGGGAAAUUCGAGUUCAACAGGAAAGACCUGAUUGGACAUGGUGCCUUUGCCGUGGUGUUCAAAGGGAGACAUAAGGAGAGGCAUGACAUGGAAGUAGCUGUGAAAUGUAUUAACAAGAAGAACUUGGCAAAAUCCCAUUCCCUGUUAGGAAAAGAGAUAAAAAUAUUAAAGGAACUGAAACAUGAGAAUAUCGUUGGACUACUUGACUUCCAGGAAAUGGCUGGGUGUGUGUAUCUGGUCAUGGAGUACUGCAAUGGAGGAGAUUUGGCAGAAUACCUCCACUCUAAGGCUACUCUGAGUGAGGACACCAUCCGGAUCUUCCUUCAGCAGAUAGCUGGGGCCAUGAAGGUGCUGAAAGAAAAGGGCAUCCUCCACAGAGACCUCAAACCUCAGAACAUCCUCCUCUGUCACCCCGAGGGACGCAAGUCCAGCCCUAACAACACCUGCAUCAAGAUAGCUGAUUUUGGCUUUGCACGUCACCUCCAGUGUAACACUAUGGCAGCCACUCUGUGUGGCUCCCCAAUGUAUAUGGCCCCGGAGGUGAUCAUGUCCCAGAACUAUGAUGCCAAGGCCGACCUGUGGAGCAUAGGAACCAUAGUGUACCAGUGUUUAACUGGGAAAGCUCCCUUUCAGGCCAGUAGCCCCCAGGAGCUGCGUCUCUUCUAUGAGAGAAACAGGGACCUCCAGCCCAGCAUUCCACGGGAGACGUCAGUCCACCUGAGACACCUGCUCCUGGGCCUGCUGCAAAGGAACCAUAAGGAGCGCAUGGACUUUGAUGAGUUUUUCCAUCACUCUUUCCUGGAGUCAAGUUCAUCCACAAAGAAAUCCUCUCCGGUGCCCAUGCCCUCCUUCCCCAGCUCUGGGUCUGCCAGCUCCUCUAGCAGCUCCUCCACCUUUCACCUGGCCUCCUCCCCUCAACAUUCCGAUGCGGUGCUGCAGAGACUCCAGCCCAAGGCCGAGCCCACCCCUUCCCGGUACACAGCCCUCCACUACAGCAGGAACACCUCCUCUGAGAUGGAUGACUUUGUCAUGGUGCCUGCCCAGUUCCCCAGUGAGAUCACAUGUGACAUGGGAGAUGGGUCACCUGUCCAGGGCAGCAUGUUGUACAGUGGGAGCUCUCUGCUGGCUGCUGCGGUACUUGGGAGUCUAGGCAGGACACCACCCCCCUCUUCACCCCUUUGCCCCCCUAAUCCUGUUAGCAGGCCUGCAGAGUUCAAUGGGAGUAACUACAGCCAGUCUGUACCCAUUCCUGUCCCAACACAGAUCCACAACUACCAGCGCAUAGAACAAAACCUACACCCCGCUGGCCUGCAUGGCUCAACCAGGGCCACCCUUUGUUGUGUUGAUAGGAGUAGUGGCAGUUCCCCAGGGAGUAGGAAGACUGGAGCCUCCCUUCUCCCAUCAGGCCCCGGGGGGGCAGUGCUCAGCCACCGCAGGCUGUCAGCUGGAGGGGCCAAACCCUACCAGCCCUCUCCACAAGUGGGCACUAUCCCAGAGACCCCAGAGCAGACUGGCCUCUUCAGCACCUGGACAGGACAACAGAGCCCUCAGGCCACGCCUCCACAUGAAUUCCCCCGGCCCACCAGCUUUGAGGAUUUGCCCAUCAUUCCCACCCGAACACGGACAGUAUCAGACUUGAGCCACAUCAGCAGGGCCACAGGGAAGAGGAAGGGCCCCUUCAAAAGGUCUCUGAGUGCAGGCCGUCUGUCUGACAUGAUGCUAAAGGCUGCUUUUGGAGCUCAGCUGCUGGAUGGAGGAAGUAACGAGAGCCUUCCCACUGAGAGGUCCAUGGACACCACAGCUCCAACUAGUGGUGCUCUGAGGGUUGCAGGAACCUCAGCCUCAGGCAGUCCCACCUCAGUCGUGUUCACUGAGGGAUCUCCAUCCAGAGGAAAUGCCCCACCAAAUCCCACCAGGACGUUCUCAGCAGUGGGUUCCCCCAGCUAUGUCAGCCCAUCCUGGUCAAUCAGCAGAGGAACCCAUAGAGAUGUACCUAACUACCAGCAUAUUACCCACCCCAUGACAGCCAGCCCAGACAGGGCCAUAGAUUUUGACCCUCCAGAGCUCCCAGAGGAGACACUGAUGGGGCAGUGGCAUACGGACGGCCUGAGAAACCUGCGCUUCACUCUUGCCUUUGUCCACUGUGUCAUGGAGAUAGCCAGUUCUAAAGACACUGGGCUUGAGAGUGAGACCAGUGAGGACGCUCCUGAUGUGUCUUUCCUGCAGCAAAGCCUGGUGGCUGAUCAGAUCAGUCUUCUAAGUCGGGAGUGGGGCUAUGCAGAGCAGUUGGUGCUGUACAUGAAGGCUGCAGAAUAUCUUUCGUCUGCAUUACACACUGCUAUGGAGGACAUCGGAGAAGGCAGACUGUUCCCCUCCUCUACAGUCAAGCAAGUGAUGAAGAAGAUGAAUGAGCUGUAUAAGAGCAGUGUGACGUCCUGUCGGUCCCUCAACGCCCGCCUGCAGAGCUUCCUCCUCAACAAGCAGAGACUGAUGGACCACAUGAGCAACAUCACUGCAGAGAAACUCAUCUACAGUCACACCGUGACCAUGGUGCAGUCAGCAGCCCUAGAUGAGAUGUUCCACCGUGGCCAGGCGCCCAUCCAGAGAUACCAUAAAGCCCUUCUGCUCAUGGAGGGCUUGUCCCUUACCAUCACAGAGCAGGCAGACAUCGACAACAUAAGUAAAUGUAAACAGUGUAUUGAGAGACGCCUCCUCUCUGCUCUGCAGACUGCACAGUGUGAUUGAGCUUAAGGCUUUUGGACUAUAGCUACAAUAUUAUCUGAACCUCUGAGCUUGGUUAGAGCACCUCCAGACCUCUGAUGUCCCUCUGAUGUCCCUCUGUCCUAUGUGAAGAUGGAGCUCCUUGGACUGUUGACACACAUAAGCACUUUGAACUGAACAUGCUCAGUAACAAGGCCACUGAUAUGGCUGCUCUCAACCCACAGCCUAGCACUAAACAUUUUUAGUACCAGAAGAGAGGAGAAGAAGAGUGGGUUUGGUUCUGUCGGACUCCACUCUGAGAGCAGUGUGUGUUGUGUUUCAUGCUACAGUAUGUUAUGCCAGGCCAAUAGUAUGUUACUGUUAAUCUACUGGAUUUAUCAGGCGUCACUGGACAAAAUGAUUAUUUUCAUCUCAAAUUAGCUCAUUUUACUUGAAAUAGUUGUUUGAGAGUAAAUAGAUGUCUGAGAGUGUAAUUUAAUGUACAGAAGGUGGCACUCAAUAAUAGAAGGGAAUUCGGUAAAUAUCUUUGGUACCAGCUGGUGUUAUAUUUAAAGAUGCACUAUGCAGAAAUCGCUCCACCAUUUCAGUUUAUGGAAUAAAAGAAGCAAGUAUAGUCUAGAGAAUCAUUGUACCAUUUAAACUGCUGUGAAAUAUAUUUUCCAUAACCCAAAAUAUUGUACUUUCAGCUGUUUGAGGCUGGUGUACAAAACCAAAAAUAAAAGACACAAAAACGAAACUUAAGAACGGGCUGAAUAGCGCACAUAGAACAGAUCUACUGCGUAUUAGACUUGCUUUCAAUGACAACGUCAGACAGAUCUAUAACACACAUUUCUAUGUGAAUUUGGUCUUCGCCCAAAAUGUUACAAAUUGCAGCUUUAAACUGGAGGCAAAAAUAUGCAUCAUUUUCGGGAGUUGGAAAGUUGUGUAAGAGAAAGUGAAGACCAAGUAUUGCCAAUUUGUAGCAGAUUAUUUUUUUAAAGGAUUACUGUCUUUUUUUAAACUCCUUUUAGCAAUGUGUAUGUUUUUGACAAGCCACUGUAGCACAAAUACAUUUAUGAUAGACUUAUUCAUAAACUGUUAGGAACUUGUCAGAGAAUGUCAUUACUGUAUUGUCGAGAUCUUAAUCUUCUGUAAAGAGUGUCAAAUUUCAAGCCACUCUUUCCCAGUGUUCCCAGCAAGAUGGUCAUUUUACUCAGCGAGCACCACAUCGAGCUGCAUGCUUUUGUCUGUUUUUGCACAAAUAUUAGUGAAUGAUCAGUAAUGUAUAGGCUUGUGGAUGAGGCAAAUAAAUGGCUGAAAUAGGUUCAACUUCAGUACAGAAAACCUGUCCUGUAUUUUAUAUUUUUAGUAAGAUUUUGUAUAAAUCUGGGGGGUUUGUUUUGUGUGGAGUGGUUGGUUUUAAUAUUUCGUUUUUUAUGACUGCCUUGUGGCUAUACAUUUGAAUGAACCUAUUUCUGUUUUUACAUUCAAUGAAAAUGGUAUCAGCUUUCCGAAUUACUUUUGACUAGGCACCUUUUGAAUAUUAAAUUAUAAUUAUAUUGCAAUUAUAUUGCAAAGUAUUGUAAUUAUUUUGACUGUAUGUUAUUUUUGAUCACCAAAACCGAGCUGCCAAAAUCAGUUUCAUAUGAGAAUAUUGUGUAAGAAUGAUUAAAAUAUAUGUUACAUUA